AAAAAGCGUCCCGCGCAACGGCCGCGCGUUUUCACCUAGAUCUAGUAUGGUAAAGGAGAAUUCAGAGCCAAUGGAUGAAGCCACGAAAGUGGUCGACCAGGCCCGCGAAGCAGCAGUUGAGAAAGUGGUGUGCCCCAUCUGCUUUGAGGCUUUGAGUGAUUUGCCCAACCAGGUUGGAGCCUUAACCUUCGAAGGUCGUAGAGUCGAAACCGCUUUGUACCAUCGCGAGUGCGUAUGGAAUCCCAAGACGCAGCGCUUGAUCUUCGAAUCUGAGACCGGUCGAGCAGUCUCUCCUUUGACGCGGAAGCAGGUGGACAAUUUCAAGUUGAUGCCCAGUUUGACCGAGUCCAACGAGUGGGUUCAGUUCCUGGAUUGGAAUGGCAGUGGCGAGCUAGACGUGCAGAAGGUUUGCUUGGCAGUGGUUGCGCUGCUUCCAGUAGAUGAUGCCUAUGCCAGGAAACUCGUGUUGCAGGUCUUACACCUUGAAGAGUCAGAGGGUGUGGAAAGUCAUGCUGUCAGUCAGCCCGAGGU